AUGAAGUGGCUCAGCUUAUUUUGGUUACCUCUCGUUGCUGGAUGUAAAAUUGCAAACUUCACCAAAGAAGAUGGAAUGGCUCUAAAGAAUCACCUGAUAGAAACUGUCACGGUAUUUCAACCGGUAGCUUGUCACUGGCAAUGUGUGGACUCUCCUCUGUGUUUCUCUGUGAACAUCAGAAAGCUACCCAAUGGGUGGGUCACGUGUGAGCUGAACAAUUCCAGCAAAACCGCUGACCCACAAGAUUUGCAACCGAGCAUCGGAAGCCAGUACCAUCAACUGACGGUAAGCAGGGAGAACCCAGUUCUUCAGUCAUGUCAAUAUCAACAAUCUUUUUGUUGGCAAUACAUUCAUUAUGGAAAAAGAAUCUACGAAUUUGUUAAGACAGGUUGCAUGUUUUAUCUACAAAGUUAUAUGUUUUCAUUGAAAGUAUUUAAAAAUAUAUCCUUACCUUCAAAAUAGGCCAGACUUCCAUUCCUUGCUGUAUUUGAGUGUCUUUCCAAGUUAAUUAAACUUAAGCUCCUCAGGGUGAUUCACAUGUAACUCCUCCGUACAAAAUCCAUACACUAUCCAGCAAAAAGGUAAUGAGAAUGCUCAAAUUUAUCAAGUAGAAGUUGUUUUCUUACUCUAACACUAAAUUCUCCCAACUAAUUUGCAAGGAAAUGUGUAGCAGCUAGAGGGGAAAAUAAACAAUCAGAUUUUGGGAGUUGAAGGGUUAAAUGCAACACAAGCCAUUCAGAAUGAUACAUUAUCACACAUUCUUUAUCACUGCUACCUAUAGAAUCAUUUUAAUCUCUCACCCCAUAAUUGAAUGUUCCAUGACUCAAAAUGAAUUGAAUCAGUUUUAUUGUGUUUAUUGUAGGAAACUUCGCACUGCACCUUGGAAGAAUGUACCUACAAAGACGGUAAUUUCUUAUAUAUGAAUUAUCGAAAGUCCUCAUUUUCACUUACUAAAAUUUCUUGAAUUAUCUCUCAGCCCUACCUGAUGGUUGGCUUAUGGUUGGGUCAAAACGCAUCAAGUUGUUUCACGAAAGAAAAACUUGGGGACAGGCAAAAAAGUUCUGUAAUUCAAUUGGUGGAGAGCUGGUGUCAAUCAUACGCGCGUACGAAAAUGAUAUUGUCGCUAAUUUAAUCGGUCAAGUCGACACGAGUGCAGCAGGUAAAAAAUUUUAACUUCUUGGGAAAUUUGCUUCCAUUGAGUGUCAGUGUUGUGAAAAAAAAAACCAUGAUAAUAACAACAGCCAGUCAAGGAAAGAAUAAUUUUACUGGGAGCCAAUGGGCACUCAAAGUAAAGACGAGUAAACGGCUUGAAGCGCGGAAAAAUGCGAGUGGCCAUUGGUCGAUUGGUAUUAGUUUUGAAUCUAAUUGGUUUAGGGGAUCGUGCAAGUUUUCUUAACCAAACGCGAAACGAACUGAAGCAAAAGCAGUGUACUCUAAUCACUCUCGACAUUCAAUUGAAGAUUUCUCUAGUAAGAACUUGACGAUUGUUGUGUGUUGAUCAAACGUGUCAAAGAGACUGAGCCUUCAUGAAAACUGAUUUCAGUUUCAAUAAGGAAACUGUUUAAAGGGUUUUGUUAUGACUCUAAUAUCUAAACGCAAGAUGGUUUCAGCUAUAGUUCUUUGAUUUUAUUUUCACCCUUGGGGAAAAAAAACUCUUGUUCCACCUUCCCUCUCCUAAUCAAUGAUAAUCAUCUUAACCCUUUAACUCACAUAAUGUUAUUUCUCCCCUCUAGCUGGUACACAAUUCAUUGUAAAUGAGUUAAGACAAUUUAGUGUAAACUCAAGAUAACAACUUUUAUCCGAUAAGUAUAAGUAUUCACAUGACCCGGAGAAAUUGCAUGUUAAUCACUUCUGGGAGUUAAUGGAUUAAAUAUUGUUGAAUUCAAUAUUGUUCACAUAAAUCGUAUCAUGCAAUUCAAGGUGAAAAGCCUUAUCACAUCAUAGCACGCUGGCUUUUGGAUGGAACCGACAAUGACGUCAGGUGAGACGUGAAAAAAGCAAAGCAUUCCCCUGUCUUCUCAUUUCCUCAAUAUUACAUAACUAAGUGGAGUUAACUGCUCUAAUUUUGAUGACCGAUCAUUUUUUAUUUAGAAAAUAUAAAGUUCUUUUAAAAUAAUUCUUUCUACUAUAUUAUAUCGCUGUUUUAGUAUAUAAUAAAACAACUAUUUACCUCAGUGUUAGUGGCUAACGGGGGAUAUUUACUUUGACUUUGGUUACUUUUAAAUAUACAAAGAGUAUUCAUUGAGGUUUUUGAAGUUGUCACAAUAAGUACUUUUUUUAUGUUUUCAAAGCCUCCUCAAUGGAGCAAGAUACGAAGAGGAUAAUGAGGAAAAGUCGUUGUACUUGAACGGAGCGGGUGCCCAUGCUACGACCCCAGCGGUUAACUUUGACAAGACUAGUUUUACCAUGGCCAGCUGGGUGAAACUUCGAACGCCUGUCAAUGAUCCGUCACCUAUUUACAGCGACUGGAAAAGUGACACGAGCUUCCUUUUCAUCGCAUCCGAAGGGAACGCUCAAAACCUACGCUUUGGAGGUUAUAAUCAAAGGACCGGAUGGAAACCAUGGCUUGCAGCGGGGUGAGGAAGGGAAAGGGGUGAUUAAAAGUUAAAAAAUGGCAAAGGCUCCAAAAGUUGAUUCUGUCUAAAUCCAAUUUAUACAAAAUACGAAUAUUCACUCUAAUCACAGUUUGGAUUAACUUCGAACGCCUGUCAAUGAUCCGUCACCUAUUUACAGCGACUGGAAAAGUGACUCGAGCUUCCUUUUCACUGCAUCCGAAGGGAACGCUCAAAAGCUACGCUUUGGAGAUUUUAAUCAAAAGGGGGAAUGGAAACCAUGGCUUACAGGGGGCUGAGGAUGGAGAAGGAGUAAUUAAAAAUUAAAAAAAUGGCCGAGGCUCCAAAAGCCUGUUUUGUCUAAAUCCAAUUUGCACAAAAUAUGAAUAUUCACUCUAAUGAAUCCCAAGUUACAUUGUCGAACUGAAUGUGUAGUUCUCUAUUUGUAUACCGUUUCAUGUUUUGGUGGUCUGAUUCUGAACCCCGAUGAUGAUUCAAGUAUGAAAUAAAACCUACCAAUAAAUUGAGCUCUUAAGUCAAUGUAGGUUAUGGAUCGAACUUUUUUUUUAUCACCUGGGGAGGGGGGGGGAGGUGUCAGAGGUCACUGAUCCCCUCUCAUCGGCAGUCAAUUUCCUAAGGUCUCCUUUUUGAAUUCUGUUUGAAACGACUGAUCCCCCCUCUGUUCCCUCUGAAAACCAUGUGAUCCACCAAAUCCCCUAAACCACCCCCCUCCCAGGCUAUAAAGCUGAUCCCUUACACUAACCAAUUGCAUCAUACUGUAGGUCUUCACCGACUGACCAAUGGUUUCAUGCCGCAGCGGUCUGGGACCGACAAACAAGCGAGGUUCUCCUAUUUCUAAACAGUCAAAAGAUCGGAACUGAGCAGGUACCGAAUGACACAUUCCUUGCGGAAACUUCCCAUAUGACUUAUGACAUCGGACUGAAGAGGGACAACGGGGGCCGUCUCAGAGGAAAUUUAAAAAAUCUGACGAUUAUCGGCAGAGCUCUUAAUGCGGAAGAGAUUGCCAAUAUUUCAGGUGAAUGGAAAGACACUUUUUGUUCUCUUCGACUUAUUCAACACGAGUUUACGAAAAAAAAAACAAAAAUAACAAAUUAAGAAAACAGAACCUUCUUUUGCGUCAAAAAUUUUCAGCCUUUCACUUUAAGAGUUAGAGGUGGUGGGCUGAUUAGCAUAGCCCUGGAUAUAAACAAGGGAUCUGAGUUCGAGACAUUCCGGAUCGGAGUCAGUGUGUUGUGUUCUCUAGCGAGAUACUUCACUCUGACAGUCUCUCUCUCUUUCAACCUGAGAGCACAGAUGGAUACUUAUGAAACUUUAGGGAAAUUGGAAAGCUUUGAGGGCUUACCGCUUGAUGUUAUGAAAACCCAACUUAGAUCUUGAAAAAGCAAUUCUUGACCGUUACAUACAACUUAGAACAACUCAGGUUUUUUUUUCCUCACUAUAAUGUAAAUCGUUGUCUAUCAUAAUAGAUCCUAAGUUUGAAAUAAUUGAUGGUGUUUGGAUCGGCGGAAAUGACAUCACCACAGAGGGGACUUUCCUUUGGCCCAGUGGUACUCACGUAACAUACACCAACUGGGCUGUCAAUCAACCAGAUAACAGCUAUGGUUACCAGGACUGUGUCGGUAUGAUAAUUUCUAAAGGGACCUGGGACGACACAAGCUGCGGGAGGCGACUUCCGUUUGUGUGUGAAAAAUAA